UGUCUGACGCGAGCCGGAGGAGGCAGUGGGAGGUGGUGGCGGCGGCGGCGCGGGCGCCUGAGGAGGAGGUGGAGGAGGAGGAGAAGCGGAUGAGGAGACGGAAGGGCUUGCCAGAGUCCCGCACAGCUUAUAAGUGGCCCGGAGCAAGCGCCCGCCGGGGGUGCCGCCCCUGCCCCUGCUUUGCCCCCUCCACUCGGCCAGAGGCAGCAUGGUCCAUGGGGCAGCAUGGGGCCCGACAGAGUGACAGCCAGAGAACUGUGUGAGAAUGACGACCUGGCCACCAGCCUCGUCCUGGACCCCUACCUCGGCUUCCGCACCCACAAGAUGAACGUCAGCCCCGUGCCCCCCCUGCGGCGACAGCACCACCUGCGCUCGGCGCUGGAGGCCUUCCUGAGGCAGCGGGACCUGGAGGCUGCGUACCGGGCCCUGACGCUGGGAGGCUGGAUGGCCCACUACUUCCAGAGCCGGGGCCCACGGCAGGAGGCUGCCCUCAAGACCCACAUCUAUCGCUACCUCCGCGCCUUCCUGCCUGAAAGCGGCUUUACCAUCCUGCCCUGUACCCGCUAUUCCAUGGAGACAAACGGGGCCAAGAUUGUGUCUACCCGAGCUUGGAAGAAGAAUGAGAAGCUGGAGCUGCUGGUGGGCUGCAUCGCGGAGCUGCGGGAGGCCGACGAGGGGCUGCUGAGGGCCGGCGAGAACGACUUCAGCAUCAUGUACUCGACCCGCAAGCGCAGCGCCCAGCUGUGGCUUGGCCCUGCCGCCUUCAUCAACCACGACUGCAAACCCAACUGCAAGUUUGUGCCCGCAGAUGGGAACGCGGCCUGCGUGAAGGUGCUCCGGGACAUCGAGCCGGGCGACGAAGUGACCUGCUUCUACGGCGAUGGCUUCUUCGGUGAAAAGAACGAGCACUGUGAAUGCUACACCUGCGAGAGGAAAGGCGAAGGGGCUUUCCGACUGCGGCCCCGGGAGCCCGCGCCUCCGCGGCCCCUGGACAAGUAUGAGCUCCGGGAGACCAGGCGGCGGCUGCAGCAAGGCCUGGACGGCAGUGUCCGGCAGGGCCUGCUGGGGCCGCGGGCCUGCGCCCACCUCUCCCCGCUGCGCCGGGACCCGUUCUGCGCUGCCUGUCAGCCGCUGCGCUCCCUACCCCGUGGCGCCCGCCCUGAUGCCGUGCCCCUCUGGCUCCAGUGGCUGCCUCAGCCCCAGCCCCGGGUGCGACCCCGAAGGCGCCGCCGCCCCCAGCCGCGGCGGCCCUCUGUGCCCCCCGUUCUCCGCGCUGCUCGCGUUUCCCUGCACCGGUGGGGAGGCUGCGGCCCCCGCUGUUGCCUCCGGGCGGAAGCCCUGGUGGCCCUGGGCCCGGCCCCUCGCGCCCGCUGGGCCCCCCAGCAGGACUGGCACUGGGCCCGGCGCUAUGGGCUGCCUUAUGUGGUGCGCGUGGACCUGAGCCGCGUGGUCCCGGCCCCACCUGCUGCUGCUGCCCCCGCCCCUGCACGGACCCCAGGCCCUGUCCCGGUCCCCAAGCAGGCCCUCACCUUUGCGCCCUUCUCCCCACCCAAGCGCCUGCGGCUGGUGGUCAGCCACGGCUCCAUCAACCUGGAUGUCCGUGGUGACAGGCUGUGAUGGGCUGGACAGGGAGGUCUGGGCUGGGAGAGGCAGGGGUCCCUCCUAGUCCCUACCAGCCCUGAGUUCUUGGGGACUCAUCUCCAGAAGGAGCUCUUGGGCGUCUGGGAGGGAGCUGACCCAUGACCCCAGCACAGUUCUGAUCUGGGGACAGGGUUGGUUUGGACACUCCCAGGGGUCUGACCCCUGACCCUUUGUGACUGCUGACCCCUGAGCCGUCCCCACCCUGGCAGGGAGCCCUGGCCAUUGCUGCCCUCCCGCCCUAGCCCCAGCCUCCGGACUGAAGGAGCCGCUCCCCUCCCCACCCGUCUUCUCCUGCCCUGGGAGCAAAGCCAUAAGGGGUGGGGGCCUCCCCAUGGCGUCUCCCCAGAAGCCCUGGCCUCGGGAGGAGGGAGACCUGGUGGGGUGGCGCUCCCUAGGGACUGCCUCUCGGAGGGGAGUGAGUCUGCUGUCAGCUCUGCAGCUGUCUGAGGCAGGGACGGGGUGGGGGUGUCCGGGGCGUGUCCUCACACGCCUGUGGAUCUCAGGGAGGCCGGGUGUGACCUCAUCUUUCUCAUGGUGCUAUCCCUGGUGCUACUGGGGUGGGGGCCUCCCCUCCCCACACCAGAACAGGGGAUGUUGGGGGAUUGGAAGCACUUGAACUUUUUAUUUUAUUUUAUUAAAAUGUUGUUAUAAGCAGCA